AUGGAGUGGCAAGCUGGAUAUGAUUCUGACGGUGAAGAUCUUAGGGAGCGUAACAACUUCAACAUCGAGGAAGAUGUAGCUGCGUUUGAAGAUGAGCCUUCUAUAAGGCAGAAUGUGUACCCCGACCUGGAUGGAAAAGAUGCGACUUUACUGAAAGCUCGGAGGCGUGAAAAUUUUCGAAGAAGAAAUGGAAACUUGUACUUGGGACAAGUUUUCAUCAGUGGUAUAGCAUUCAAGGAGGCUGUCUUAGACUAUGUUCUGAAGAAUGGUUAUAAUCUGAAUCAGUACAGGUAUAAGAAGAAGAAGAAGCUUAGGUUUAAGUGUGAGGGAUAUAACUGUUCAUGGCUCAUCUACUGCUCUCGACCAGGUAACAAUACAAUGUGGGAGGUUGUGGUGUUUGAGUCUGCUCAUUGUUAUGUUCUCAAUGGAGUUUGUCAGAUGUUCAAGGUGUCAGUGAUUGCCUGCUUGUUUGUAGACAAGAUUCGUGAAGAACCAGAUUGUACUUCAUGCCUAUGA